ACUUUUUGACUAGUUAAAAAAAGUGUAGUUUAUUGAAUGAUCAGCAUUGGUUGUGCAAGGCUUAGGUUGACUGAGGUUAAGCAUUACUGUUUAACCGAACGGGCAUGUUCAUGACCAAAGGUCAUUAUAAUGUGCCAACAAUAACUGCUGGUGCUGGAGAUCCAUGGCAUGCUACCAAGAGGUAAUGUGCCAGUAUAUUACAAAUAGUAAUAUUUAGGUGAUCUGAAUGAGUCAACGAGUCACUUUCUAACACAUAUUAUCCUUCAAAGGAUUCAAACCUAAACAGUCUAGAUGUGGUUUAGCAAGUAUAUACUUCACUUAACUCUGAGUGUACAGGUUAAAGGCCACUUUAUGGAUCAUGUGUCUCAAAGUAAAGCAUCUCCUGCUCAUUAUGCUGCAUUAAUAAAAUUGACAACUUAGAAAGCAAAUGCUUUAGCAUGGGUUCCUCAAAGGAACAGCAAUCUGUUAUUUACACAGGCAUUCCUGAUAAGAUUACUGGUGCAUUUAAGAAGUACGAAAGGCUAACCCGCCCCUUACAGCCCCCCUCAGAGCUGCUGUACUCCAUACAGGGAAUUAUAAAGAGCUUGCUUGUGACCUGCCUCUCUUGGGCUCCCUCUGUGACUGAAGGCAGCAGGUCACUUAAUCAGUGUUCCAGCACUAUUUGAUUUGAUUGUUUCUGCCUCCAUGGACUGAUAACAUCAUUAUUGGGAAAAAAACACUGCUGGAAAGAAGCUGUCUCAUUUCUAUAUUACUCCUGUUGUUUUCUCUGUCCUUCUCUCUCUUCAUCCUCUUUUCUUAUUUUCUUGUAUUCAACGACUGAAUGGAUAAAGCUGGGAUGCCUGAGGCUUGCGGGUCCCUGGCAAGCAAUGAACAAAUCACCGAGGCAACAGCACCUAGUUCUAAACUCUUCUGUUGCAGCUGUGUGCGUCGCUGGGUUCCCCUGGCCUACAGAGAGGAGCUCUACCAUGUUUUGCGUCUUUCCAUGCCCCUGCUCAUCUCCAGAAUCUCAAACUUUCUACUGCCAUUCGUCAUCACAAUAUUCUGUGGUCACCUAGGAAAUGCUGAAUUGGCUGGAUAUGCCCUGGCCUCUGCGACUGUUAAUGUCACCACAACUGCCACAGGAUGCGGUCUGGCCCUCACAUGUGACACACUCGUCUCUCAGACAUUUGGCAGUAAGAACCUUAAGCGUGUGGGGGAGAUUCUCCAGAGAAGUAUUCUCAUCCUCUUACUCUUCUGCCUGCCAUGCUGGGCCAUACUCAUGAAUGCUGAGUCCAUACUACUCACCCUGAAGCAAGAACCAGAAGUGGCCAGGAUUGCACAGCUGUAUGUUAUGGCUUUCCUCCCUGCUGUUCCUGCCAUGUUUCUGCAUCAACUGCAGGUGUCUUAUCUGCAAAACCAGGGCAUCAUCCUGCCACAGAUGUACACAGCAGUUGCUGCCAACAUUUUAAAUAUUGCAACAAACUACAUCCUGCUUUACUCAAUGAAACUGGGAGUGAUGGGCUCUGCUGCAGCCAACAGUAUCUCACAGAUCUCCAUCUGCCUCUUGCUGUUUGCUUACAUACGCUGGAAAAAGCUGCAUGUGAAGACAUGGGGUGGCUGGUCUACUGCAGCACUGCAGGAGUGGGGCUCUUACAUGAAACUGGCUAUUCCCAGCACUCUCAUGCUCUGUUUUGAGUGGUGGAUCUAUGAGAUUGGAGGUUUCCUUGCAGGGAUGCUGGGGGAGGUGGAUCUUGCUGCUCAACAUGUGUUGUUGGAGGUGGGGACCAUUACUUACAUGUUUCCAUUAGGUGUGCACGCGGCUGCUUGUGUGCGUGUGGGAAAUGCGUUAGGAGCUGGAGAUACUAACAGGGCCCUGAUCACCAGUAAAGUGACUCUCUUGAUCACAGGGGUUUUGGCUGUUUUACAGGGAAUUGUGAUGGGUUCCUCAAAAUCAGUAGUGGGCUACAUCUUCACCUCUGAUGAGAGCAUAGUGAAGAUUGUCUCAGAAAUUCUCACCCUGUUCAUUUUCCUGCAAUUUUUUGAUGCUUUGGUGUGUGUGUGUUCAGGGAUUCUUGUCGGCGCUGGGAAGCAGAAGAUAGCAGCACUGUCCAACUUGAUCUGUUACUACUGCAUUGGAUUACCAGUAGGAAUAUCAUUGAUGUUUCUGGCCGAGCUCAGGAUUCUUGGUCUGUGGCUUGGCCUCUUCAUAUGUGUCAUUAUUCAGAGCUGUUUCUUCACCACUCUCAUCUUCAAACUUAACUGGAAGAAGGUAACAGAGCAUGCCCAGAAACGUGCUGGCAAACAUGCAAAGGUAGUAUGUGUUCAAAAGGCGCCAUCGAUAGGACAGUCAGUCCUUGAUACUCUGGUUUCUGAGGGACAGGACAGCAAUGUGCAAACACCUGAUAUUGGAGCCUCAGCAAGUAUCCCUGAACCUUGGGAUGACAUAACUGGAAACAAAGUUCAGCUAACAAGUAAUAGCUCUGGAGUGGCCCGUUAUGUCCAAGGGAGUACCCAGGAGCAGGUCAAACUUGUGAUGGCGAGUGAAUACGGAGAAACCCAAUCUAAAACCUUGCUCUCUACGAACCAGCUUGUGCUCAGACGGGGACUUACACUGUUGACCACUGUCAUGAUCCUGAUAGCUGGAGUUGCUGUGCAUGUAACUUGUCCUCUUCCAGAGACUUUUAGUCCACAUCAUAGCAACCUAACAAAGGAUUCAGGAAAUUUUUCCACUUCUAACAUCCUUCUCAACACCACAUCAAGCUAACUUGAUCCAUCUUAACAAGGUACCAUCUCAAUACAUUGAGUGGCUCAAUCAGCCAAUACCACGAAAAUUAUAUUUGUCAGUGUUAUUUAAGAGAGAAAAAAAGUUUUUGCCAGUUUUUCUGUCCUACCACUAAUAAUAGUUGUAGGCUAACAAAAGAGCAUUUCUCUCAAUGUACAUUAUAUAGUACUAUGGACUUCUACACAUUUUCUAGGACACACUCCAAACCCAGCUGUGUAGGCCACAAUACAGCUGAAUGAGACUACUAAAAAGGUAGUACUAAGCAGUUUUUUCACUGCUUAGUGAGCAAUUUUUCAUUGUACACAUUUUUGUAUAUCUGGUUAUAUGAAGCAGUUUAUAGGGUUGUAGUAUUCCCUGUAAAUGUAUUUAUCAUAUCAAAGUAAG